AUGAGUCAUCAUAAACUCCACAGACGCGUUUCCUCUGCUUCUGCUGCUGCUUCUGCUGCUGCUGCUGCUGCUGCUGCUGCUGCUGCUGCUGCUGCUGCUGCUGCUGCUGCUGCUGCUGCUGCUGCUGCUGCUGCUGCUGCUGCUGGUGGAUUGCCACAACGUGGUGCUGCUACUGCCGCCGCUGCUGCUGCUGCUGCUGCUGCUGCUGCUGCUGCUGCUGCUGCUGCUGCUGCUGCUGCUGCUGCUGCUGCUGCUGCUGCUGCUGCUGCUGCUGCUGCUGCUGCUGCUGGGUGUUGCUUGUCACCUGAGGAAAAUGUGGACGUGGCAUUCUCCAAUGGCAUCUCAGCAGACGAAUGGAUUGAGAAGGAGGUGUCCAGUCUCAUGCAGCACCGCACUGCACCGUACAUCACCGUGGUCACAUCAGACGUUCAGCUGAAACUGUCUGUGCUCUCCAGGGGUGGCUAUGUCAAGAGCUCAACCGCUUUUAUACAGGAGCGUGUUUAUUACUACUCUAAAGCUAUGCGUGUUUCUUAG